AUGCAAAAUGUGGUGUACUUAAACAAACUUCAUGACCUUCCCUUGUCUUCUGGCGAUGUUUCUAAUACCGACAUUGCAACCGCCUUGGAUAGCCUUGGACUGAGCAUAAGAGCACGGCUAUGCCUUAGAGCUGCUGGGGUGUUAGAAAAGCAAAAAGAAAGGAAUGAGGAGAAAAUAAAAAAGGAGAUUGAGGAGAAGGCUGUGGAAAGCAUGAGGGAUUUGGAAGAGUACAAAGCAACAUGCGAGAUAAACAAGGGAAAAGGUUAUUAUGAUGCCUUCAUGGUGCAAAAGAAGGAAAAGGAUUUCCAAGCAAACGUAAAGAGGCUUGUGCUUGCAGGAGUAUGGGAUGAGUGGGUCUAUUUUUUUAUUCUUGAAACUAUCUUACCUUGUAUGUUGUUUUUCAUUAUAAUGUUGUUGGUUCAUGGACACAUGUAA